GGUCCGAUCGAAUGGCCAGACUGUGUGUGUGCAUUCCUUACAGUGCAGCAGUGGUCGAGAAUAGCCUGAGAUUCAUUCGAAACAUGUAUAUCAUUGGCUGUUUAUAACCGACCCUGUCAACUCUUAACCCAAACGACUUCUUUUCUCCGGGAAGUUAAUGAGCCGAUGAGGAAUCCUGGACAGGAAUUGGAUCCAUUGACAUGGGGAGUGUAGGUUAUCAAAUUAAGCGGAAGAUAUAUAUUUCCCUUACACUUUGGUGAAUCUUCUCGCCGUAUUCUCAUAUCUCGUUCCUAAGAUUCGAUACUUGAUAAACUGUCACCAGCCCUCCGCUUCAUCACGAUCAUUUUUACAUCGCGUUCGUACCUUUUCUAGAAGCUUUUGGAAACCAACCUAAUAUCAAAUGUCAAAUCAAGCAUCUUGACAAGAUCCAUAACAAAAUCGACUGUCGAAUAGAAUUCCAAGCAACAAGCGAUUUCUGGGGUAAACACGAGGUUUAGGGUCCACAUCCCCAAUCAUGCCGGACAAGCAGACGGAACAACCCGCUCAACCCGCUGGCGCAACACUGGAAACUACCAACCAUUUCAAUGAACAUGGCGAGCAUAAAGCAACAUCACCUUUACCUGAGGUAGCACCUACUAUUGGUGGUGUGGGCGUGGUAUAUGAAGACAGUGAAAAGGCAGACGCAGCUGCUACAUCUUUUAAACAACAUCCGCAUGAACCUCUAGACCCAGAGAAAGACUUUCAUGAAAAUGCGCCUGCAGGAAUCGGCGCACCCAUAGAGCACGAUGGGGAGAAAGGAGGAGUUAUAGAAGCAACAGAAGAAUCAAACGGAGAAGAAGAUGACGAGAACCAUUAUAUAUCUGGUGUGCCACUGGCACUCUUGACUUUUGGUCUCUGCAUGGCGACGUUUACUGUGGCGCUGGAUAAUACUAUCAUCGCCACUGCUAUUCCCAAAAUAACCUCAGUUUUCAACUCCCUGGACGAUGUUGGAUGGUAUGGAUCCUCCUACUUACUUACAACAACCGCCCUUCAACCAUCAUUUGGACGUAUAUACACCUACUUUGAUGUUAAAUGGACUUAUCUCUUCGCUCUUGUCCUCUUCGAAAUUGGGUCUAUUAUCUGUGCUGCUGCAAGAAACUCAGUCAUGCUUAUUGUAGGGAGAGCGGUUGCCGGCGCCGGAGCUUCAGCACUAUUUUCUGGCGGCAUGACGAUAGUUGGGUUCUCUGUGCCUUUGAUUAAGAGACCAUUGUAUAUUGCUAUGUUAUCAUCGAUGUUUGGCAUUUCUAGUGUAGUUGGUCCCCUUCUUGGUGGUGCUUUGACUGACAAAGCUUCAUGGCGAUGGUGUUUUUGGAUAAAUCUUCCAUUUGGCGCAAUUGCCAUUGGCGCCGUUGCAUUGUUCUUCAAACCUCCCCCAAGAAAAAUAUCCGGCAUGACCGUUAAGCAAAGAAUUCUGGAAAUCGAUCUUGUUGGUGCUGCUUUCCUCAUGGGGGCAAUCAUCAGUUUAUUGUUGGCUUUACAAUGGGGUGGGUCAAAAUACCCUUGGAGCAAUUCGAAAGUCUGGGGCUGUUUGCUCGGGUUUGGUCUUUUGAUCAUUGUUUUCAUUGUCCAGCAAUUUCGUCGCGGUGAACGAGCUACCAUUCCUCCCAGAAUAUUCAGCCAGCGAACUGUUCUUAGUGCCUGCCUAUUCUCAUGUUUCAUGUCAAUGGGCCUUUACACACAUAUCUAUUACCUUCCCUUCUACUUCCAAGCUGUCAAGGGUACCACUGCAGAAGCUUCCGGUAUUCGUACGAUUCCAUACCUUGGUUCCGUUAUCGUCUCGUCUAUUUUCGCCGGCGCUGGUAUCACUGUCCUUGGCUUCUAUAAACCUUUCAUGAUUUUUGCCGGUGCAGUCUUCACAGUCGGCGCCGGACUCAUAUACACGCUUCAAGUAGGCUCUAGUGUUGGAAAAUGGGUAGGCUACCAAUUGGUCUGCGGAAUCGGUGCAGGUAUGGGAGUACAAAUACCAUUCAUCGCCGUUCAAGUCGUUCUCAACGCAAAAGAUAUGCCUAGUGGAAAUGCCAUCGCCAUUUUCUUCAAUUCCCUCGGCGGAGCCAUCUCUAUUUCUAUUGCGCAGAAUGUUUUCAGUAAUGGACUCGUCAAAUAUGUACCUCAAUACGCUCCUGAAGUUAAUCCCGCCGUCAUCUACGCUGCUGGCGCAACACAUCUUCGCGACGUCAUUAGUCCUGCUGACUUGGUGGGCGUGUUAGUGGCAUAUUGUAAAGCUCUUGAUCAAGCAUUUAUUUUGGCAAUUGCGGUCGGUGCUAUUGCGACGAUCUGUGCAUCUUUUGUUGAAUGGAGGAGUGUAAAAGGCAAGAAAAUUGACCAUGGAGCUGGUGCAGCUUAAUCGCUGGGUGUUGGAGUAAUAAUACUUUUUAAUUAACAGAUAUCGCUAUGGCGUUUCUUCUGGAGAGGGGGAUGCUUCCAAAUCUACAGUACCUUAGGGAUGAAUGGCUGGAAUUUAAGAUGUUGAUCAUCUGGAGAGGAGGUCCUCGCAUAUGAGAAAUGGAUGAAAUGAGAAUCAAAGGGAAAACAAGGAUAUGAAUACACGAAAACUGCAUAUGUUUACACACAAACAUGCGAAGACCUUCACAAGUACUGAUGAUAACCAUUUUUAAAAGUAAGGGAAUAAUAUAUACUUUGUAAAUUCGAAAAGAUGGCACA